GUUAAAGGAAUUUCGGAAUUCGGAUGAUUUUUCUCCAACGUCAACAUUAAAAUAGUGUUUUAUUUAAUUUCGUGGGAAAAUUAUAUGAAAAAUAUAUUUAGUUGAAGUGAACAAAAUGACGAGCACGUCAUCCUACAAUAAUGACAAAGUGGUCACAGGAGAAGUGGAAUAUCCAGCGACUGAUCCGGCUUCUGGGGCAUUUUUCCAACCAGAUUACAAAAAGAAUGGUGACUUGAAAAUAAUGCUGGAUGGGUCAAAAGACUCCUUGAAACUUGAGGCUAUGAAACGGAUCAUUGGCAUGAUUGCUAAAGGAAGAGAUGCUUCUGAUUUAUUCCCAGCAGUAGUGAAGAAUGUGGUGUCAAAGAACAUUGAAGUGAAAAAGCUGGUGUAUGUGUACCUUGUCCGGUACGCAGAGGAGCAGCAGGACCUGGCACUCCUUUCCAUCAGUACUUUCCAGAGGGCUCUAAAGGAUCCAAACCAGCUGAUUCGCGCGAGCGCUCUCCGCGUGCUGUCGUCCAUUCGCGUGACGAUGAUCGUGCCCAUCGUCAUGCUGGCCAUCCGAGACUCGGCCAGUGAUAUGAGCCCUUACGUCAGGAAAACGGCUGCUCACGCCAUCCCUAAGUUAUAUAGCAUCGACCCCGACCAGAAGGAGGAGCUGGUGGCUAUAAUAGACAAGCUGCUGUCGGACAAGGCACCGCUCGUGGUAGGCUCGGCUGCUAUGGCCUUCUCGGAGGUCUGUCCUGACAGGAUGAGCCUCAUCCACAGGAGUUACCGGAAACUGUGCUCACUGCUAGCCGAUGUGGAUGAAUGGGGUCAACUGGCGCUGCUUAAUGUCCUGACCGUAUAUGCCAAGACUUGCUUCCCUGAUCCCAAUAGCGAGAACUACUCAAGCGACAGCGACUCGGACAAGCCGUUCUACGAUUCCGACAGCGAUGAACCUACGUCUCCUAAGAGACACUCGGCACAGUCGCCAAGUCUAGACCCCGACCAUCGUCUAUUACUGCGGGCAGCCAAGCCUUUACUGCAGAGCAGGAAUUCAGGCGUCGUCAUGGCUGUAGCCCAGCUGUUCUACCACUGCGGCCCGGUGCAAGAGUUACCCCCAGUGGCAAAGGCUAUGGUGCGGCUCUUACGAGCUCCUACCGAGGUGCAAAGCGUGGUCCUCAACUCCAUCGCCUCGCUCACAGUUACUAAACCGGGUCUCUUCGAGCCGUUCCUGAAAUCGUUCUUCGUGCGCAACUCCGACCCCACGCACAUCAAGCUGCUUAAGCUGGAGAUCCUCACCAACCUCGCCACCGAGUCCAGCGCACCAGUCGUGCUGAGGGAGUUCCAAACAUACGUCACUUCCAGCGACAAGGCAUUUGCUGGAGCUACCAUUCAAGCGAUAGGCAGGUUAGCGGUUGCCAUACACUCGGAAACUGAGACUUGCCUCAAUGGACUUUUGCAUCUGCUGUCUAGCAAAGAUGAGUGGGUGGUGUGUGAAGCGGUGGUGGUGGUGAAACGCGUGGUGGGCGGUGGAGCCGCGUCCGCCCGUGCUGCCGUCGCGCGCGCCGCCAAGCUGCUACGACAGGACAGGCUGGCUCCAGCCGCGCGCGCGGCGGCCGUGUGGCUGGUGGCGGAGCACGGCGCCAAGCACCCGCGCGCCGCCGCCAUCUUGGCACACAUGGCUGCCAACUUCGCCGACCAGGACGAGCUAGUAAAACUCCAGCUGCUCUCACUAGCUGUCAAACUCUCGAUCACCCAACCAGACACGCUUCCAGUCUGCCGGUACAUAGUCUCUCUAGCUCGCUACGACGCGAGCUAUGACGUCAGAGACCGAGCUAGGAUGCUGCGGAGGUUCAUCGAACCGCAGAACGGAAAACUGUUGGCUGCGUUCGCGGCUGAAAUAUUCCGCCCGGAUAAGCCGAAGCCGACUGUGGAGAGUAGUUUUAAAGACCGUACGCAGUUCGCGGUAGGCACACUGUCGCAGUACAUCGGGUCGGCGGCCAGCGGGUACCGCGCGCUGCCCGCCGCGCCGCCCGCCGCGCUCGCCGCCGCCGCCCGCCAGCGGGACGAGCGAAAGAAUAAGAGCUUCUACUCGGAGCCCGAAAGCAGUUCCGGCUCGUCGUCAUCGUCUUCAUCCGGCUCCGACAGCUCCGAGGACUCGUCAGACGACGAGGAAGAAAGUAACAACGAGGAAAAGAAACAAGUGACACCGAAGCAAUCCAACAAUUAUAGGUCGUCGAACUCGGGCACGUCGGACAGCGAGUCGGACAGUGAGUCGUCCGGCUCGGACAGCUCGGACGCCAGCUCCGGCGAGAGCAGUCCCGAGGAGACGCCCAAACAGAACGCGCAGAAAACUGAUAAAAAGCAAAAACCAGAACAAAAACCCGAAACACCAUCCAGCGCAGAGCACAAGAAUGAGAAAUCCAACCUGGAGCUGCUUCUAGAGCUGGAUGAAGUGGCCAGCAGCCUGCCCACCAUGACGCCCACUUGCGGCGGCUUCCUGUCGCCCACUACGGCGGCCCCGGGCUUUCCAGAAGGCGACGCCAUAAUCCCCGUGGGCCCCUUCCUAGUCCCAGAAGAGAGCGUGGAGCUGGUCCCACGCGUGGUGUGGCGUGGCGUGGGCGCCCAAAGGCGGUGGUCGCGCGCGCCGCAUCUCUACUCACGGUCUAUGUGCGCUGUGGAGAUUACAUUCACCAACUCUAGCAACCAGGAGGUCACGAAUAUCAGGGUUAAUAAGAAGACGCUGACGGGCUCGCGCGCCAUCCACGACUUCGCGCCAAUCCCAUUACUGUCUUGCGGCGCGCAGGCAACCACCACUAUGGGGGUAGACUUCGCAGACUCCAUCCAGCCCGUCGAGUUCACCAUCGUCAGCUCCGUUGGCGAGGUGUGUGCGUCGAUCACGCCUCCGGUGGGCGAGCUGAUGCGAGCCGUCGUCAUGUCGGAGGCGCGCUGGGACGCCGAGCACAGGAAGCUGCGCGGCAUGACCGAGUGUGAUAAGAAGGCAGCAAAAUUAGAAGAUGAAGAGUCAAUUUGCAAAAAAGUUUUUGAGACAGCGAAUUUGGCAGGAAUUACUACGUGCGGCGAGUUUUUGAGAUUUGCCGGCCGCAUGAUGAGCUCCCAAGAGCUAGUUCUCCUCUCGGUCCGGACGGAGCGCUCGUGCUGCCGCGUGGCGGCCAGCUGCGGCAACAUGGCCGUCGCCGCGCUGCUGGCCGCCGACGUCGCGCAGGCCAUGGACCGGCCCUAAAAUACAAUGGAGC